UUCCUUAUUUAUGUACAGAAAUUAACAACCAUAUCUAUUCUUACAAGUUACAUCCAUUGAGAAACAUGAAGGUCUCCCCCUUAGCAUUUUCAAUCCUUUUUUUGUCCUUCACCAUAGAACUCUUCAUUGGCAUUGCUUCAGCAGCACAAGAACCAGUGCUUGACACCUCAGGCCAGAAGCUGAGAACAGGUGUCAAGUACUACAUUCUACCAGUCUUCAGAGGCAGAGGUGGAGGCCUAACAGUUUCAAGCAGUGGCAACAACACAUGCCCCCUCUUUGUGGUGCAAGAGAAGCUUGAAGUCUCAAAGGGCACCCCAGUUACCUUCACACCCUACAAUGCCGAAAGUGGUGUCAUUCUAACCUCAACCGAUCUCAACAUCAAGUCCUAUGUGAAAAGCACCACUUGUGAUAAACCUCCAGUGUGGAAGCUCCUCAAGGUGCUAACUGGGGUGUGGUUUUUGAGCACUGGUGGUGUUGAAGGCAAUCCAGGGGUUAACACUGUUGUCAAUUGGUUCAAGAUUGAAAAGGCUGAGAAAGACUAUGUGCUUUCUUUCUGUCCCUCGUUUGCACAGACUUUGUGCAGGGAACUUGGGUUGUAUGUUGGUGAUGAUGGGAACAAGCAUUUGUCUUUGAGUGAUAAGGUUCCAUCCUUCAGGGUUAUCUUCAAGAGGGCUUAAUAAGUUCCAACCAAAUUAACGAUAGAAUGAAUAAAAGUGCUAGUCAAAUUAAUCUGACUAGAAGUUUGUUUCUUUUGGGAAGGGCAUGAUUACAUUAAUAUAUAAUAAUUGUGCUGCACAGCAUAUGCACUUUUUUGAAGUCUAAGCACUUCCUUUCAUUUGGUUCACAUUUUGUGAAAGAAAGAGUUUAUUUGAUCAGUGAUCAAUAAUUAAUAACCUUAGUCAUCUUGUUGCUUUA